UGAAGAACAAGAGAGUGAACUAGAAUGUUCCCCAGAGAGAGCAGCAGAGUCAGAGGAGAUUUUCCAAAGUAACGGGGUGUGAUCUUUCCCUGGGUGAAAUCAGAGGUGAUGAAACACAGGCAUAGUCUUAUCCUGUAAUGAUUAAUGUUCGGAGGGCACGCUGCCUUCCAAUGACAUGCCAUUUUGCUUAAGUGACUUGAUGAUAAGAUAAAGAAAAGGGAACAAAUAUAGGUAGCACAGCCCCACCAGCGACGGAGCACCUUCUGGUUUGUGUGGAGAUGGCCCUGGGACUGCAGCUUCGGUGGCAGGUGCUGGCUGGACUCCUGCUCUGUCUGUGCGCCGGGCGAUGGGCUGAGGCUGGGAAGGUGCUGGUGGUCCCCAUGGAGGGCAGCCACUGGCUCAGCAUGCGGGAGGCCGUGCAGGAGCUCCAUGCCAGAGGUCACCAGGCAGUGGUCGUUGCUCCGGAGGUGAAUAUGCACAUCAAGGCAGAGGACUUUUUCACCGUGAAAACCUACGCUGUUCCCUACAAACAGGACAAAUUUGAUUCUCUCGGUAUGACUCAUAUACAACUGCUUUUUGAAAGAGCACAUUUUUUAACAAUGUUUCUGAAAACUAUGGCAUCUUUGAAAAAUGUGUCUUUCCUCUUUGAAAGGUCUUCUGAGGGGCUGCUGUAUAAUAAGGACUUGAUCAGGCACCUGAAUGUCAGUUCCUUUGAUGUGGUUUUAACGGACCCUGUUCACCCCUGCGGAGCAGUGCUGGCUAAGUACCUGUCCAUUCCUGCUGUGUUUUUCUUGCGUUCAGUUCCCUGUGACUUAGAUGUUGAGGGCACAGCAUGCCCCAACCCUUUCUCUUAUGUUCCUCGGUUAUUAACAAGGAAUCCAGACCACAUGACAUUCUUCCAAAGGGUCAAGAACAUGCUCUACCCUCUGGCCCUGAAGUACAUUUGCCAGGUUACCUUCACUCCUUAUGAACGUAUGGCCUCUGAGCUUCUUCAGAGAGAGGUGUCGCUGGUGGAGAUUCUUGCCUCUGGAUCCGUGUGGCUAUUCAGAGGAGACUUUGUGAUGGACUACCCGCGGCUGAUCAUGCCCAACAUGGUGUUCACUGGGUGCAUCAACUGUGCAAACAGGAAACCUUUAUCUCAGGGGUGUACUGCUGCUUUUAUUCAAUCAGUGUUCCAAGUGCAGCACAUUCUUUUAAUUAAAGAGAUUUUAAAAACUUUUCACCACACUGCAAACUAGGUCCUUGCAGUGAAAUGGAUGGUUCCAAUCACUAGACCAACAGGGAAUUCCCAAGUGGAACAUAUUUUAAAACAACAGCCUACUUCCACGUGCUUACUUAUCUACUGAUCUUUCUAAAGAUUUCUACCU